AUGAAAACAAACCGUGCCCAUGGUUACAGUUGGUGUAAACAAAACUGCUACAUAGUCCCAAAAGAAAAUUCUGUUAGGUUUUCAAGUCGUGGACUGUUUUAAGCUUUCAAAAGAAUGAGCGUACAGCCUACAGACUCCUCGGCGGUCCACGGUGGGCAGGGGCAGCCAGGACCAGUGACGACUGUAGUCAUCCAACAACCUCAAGUGGGUGGCGGCAAGCUUGUCUGUAAUAGAGAAGGACACAGAGACUGGAGCUCUGGCUUGUUCUCUUGCACAGAUGACGUGAAAAAAUGUAUGAUGGCCUGGAUGUGUACGGAGUGUGUUUUGGCGGACAUUUCGAAAAGAACUGGCGAAAAUGUGUGUGUGCCAUUCUGCAUCCCCGGUGGAUUAGUUGCCAUACGCGCCCGGUUAAGGACUCUUGGUGGAAUACAGGGAUCAAUAUGCCAGGAUUAUCUCUCCCUCUACUGCUGCUACUUCUGUGCCUUGUGUCAGAUGCACAGAGAACUGGAUCACAUGGGGCUGUGAAAGAAGUACUCUGUAUUCUCUGUUAUAAUUAGUUUGCUGUAACUUUCUGCAGACAAUAUGCUU